AUGGUCCUUCGGGGAGCUUCGAUUUUGGCACAGUGUGCCGCGAGAGUUGGCCAGCAGGCGAGAGGAAAAGCGCACUUUACGUUUCAGCCGUCGACGGCGAUUCCGGCGGGACUCGAAAAUGUUGAACGCUCAAAAAUGAAUCUGAUGCAGUCGGUGAACGAAGCGAUGAGAAUCGCGAUGCGAACUGAUGACUCGGCUGUCCUUUUCGGCGAAGACGUCGCUUUUGGUGGUGUCUUCAGAUGUAGUGUGAACCUUCAGAAGGAAUUUGGAAAGGACCGAGUCUUCAAUACACCACUCUGCGAGCAGGGAAUCGCCGGAUUCGGAAUCGGACUCGCCGUUUCCGGUGCCACGGCGAUCGCCGAAAUCCAAUUCGGCGACUACAUCUUUCCGGCUUAUGAUCAACUUGUCAACGAGGCGGCCAAAUACCGAUAUCGUAGCGGGAAUCAGUUCAAUUGCGGCAAACUGACGGUUCGAACGACGUGGGGCGCGGUGGGACACGGCGCGUUGUAUCACUCGCAGAGUCCCGAGGCGAAUUUCACUCAUACGCCGGGACUCAAGCUGGUGGUGCCGAGGGGGCCGAUUCAGGCAAAAGGCCUACUAUUGGCUUGCAUUCGCGACCCGAACCCGUGCAUUUUCUUUGAGCCGAAAAUCCUCUAUCGAAUGGCGGUCGAAGAGGUCCCCACUGGCGACUAUGUUCUUCCGUUGGGAAAAGCUGAAACUGUCCGGCCUGGAAAUGACGUCACUCUGGUCGCGUGGGGAACGCAGAUGCACGUCGCACUUGAAGCCGCACAAUUGGCGAAGGAGAAGCUCAAUUUGGAUGUGGAGGUUAUCGAUUUGCAGACGAUUCAGCCGUGGGAUGAGGAUCACAUCGUUGAGAGCGUCAAAAAGACUGGACGAUUGAUUGUCACCCAUGAAGCGCCGAUUUCUUCGGGAUUCGGAGCUGAAAUUGCGUCGACGAUUCAGAAACGCUGCUUCCUGAACCUGGAAGCGCCGAUUGAGCGAGUUUGCGGCUUCGACACUCCAUUCCCACAUGUCCACGAGCCAUUCUACUUGCCAACCGUCACUCGUGUAUUCGACGCCAUCAAGAAAACAUCGACAUUCUAA